CAGCUCUGGUCCACAUCUACAAAGACGGCUCUGUCCUGGUCACUCACAGUGGGACGGAGAUGGGUCAGGGACUCCACACUAAAAUGCAACAGGUGGCGAGUCGGGAGCUCAAGAUCCCGUCCUCUAAGAUCUACAUCAGUGAAACCAGCACCAACACUGUUCCCAACACCUGCCCGUCUGCCGCCUCCUUCGGAACUGACGCCAAUGGCAUGGCGGUCAAGAACGCCUGCGAAACUCUGUACCAGCGACUGGAGCCAAUCAGACAGAAGAACCCCAAAGGAUCAUGGGAGAGUUGG